UGGCGGCGGUGGUGACUUCGAUCGACGCCUCCGACAGUUUUUCGCAGGACGCUUGUUGCUUCUGUAUGUACACGAGCCGUACGAGCGUGAACUCGCCCUGUCGCGUUUACCUCGCGCGCCUGGAAACACUCGGGACCGCUUUCCAUCGUGUCUCGAUCAUUUUAAUGGAGUCAUUUCUCGAUUCUUCGUCGCGGCGAAUAAAUUGUGUCAAGAGUGUUAUGUCGGUGUAAUCUUUGAUGAGCGUUUACAUAAUCGAUUGUUAAUUAAUCAAGGUACAUUAUCGAUAACUGCGAGCGCACUUAGAUUUACUAUUUUUGUUGUGACGAAUCUUUCGUGGCUUGUUUAGCGUUAAUCGAAAUUAGCUUAAUACGAAAACCAUUUGUUUAUGCUUUUCAUAAUAUAUUAAAUUUAUAUUAUUCAUAUAUAUACAAUAUAUGUCUAAUUUAUAUGUAAUUAGAAUUUUAUGGCUACGAUGUUAUUAGCAUAUAUUUUAAUAUAAUUACAGUUAACAUAAUUAACAUAUACGGAGUAUGCACGCUUGUUCCAAUUCGCAGAAGCUAUAGCUUGCUUAUUUAUCCAAAGUGUGGACAUAAAAAAAAUGGCGGUAUUAUUAUUUCAGUGGCGAAGUUAAAAUAGCUUCUUAGAUUACAAUUAGUGAUAUCGAGAAACUUGCAAGGUGAAAUUUACAAGAUUAAAAUAAUUGGACAUAAUUAAGUUCCUAAAAUACAAUUAGCUAAUAAUAAAAGCUUCUUCAAUUAUAAUUUCUCUUAAGUUUUAUUUUUUUAUCAACAUUUACUUAGCCAAGUGUGUAUCACCAAGCAAGCUUAUUAUCGCGCACAUAAGUUCUCAAGUCUUGAGAAUUAAAAAUGAAUGGAAAAAACGUGUUAUUAAAUUACUAAUUGUUACAAGAUGCUAAAGAAAGAUGUAAACGUGUCAUUUAUAUUUCAAAAAGACUGCGGCGCGGCGUGCGUGCGGCCGCGGCAUACGCGCGCGCGCGCGCGUGCGUGAAUGCGUAUGUGUAAACGCGAGGGAAAUGUGGGCACACAAUUAGCUCUAGCUUUAUGAUAGAACGACAGGUCUCCUUUCGUAUCGCGGUUUCUAUAUUUAUUUUCAUCCGUUACACAUGUCGUAUGGAAACUGGCACCAGUCUCUCUGAAGAGUAAAAAAAUCGAUCUCUUCGAUCAGAUUAUUAGAAAUUUGUAACAUCGUAGAACGGUCGCUUAAAAAAACAAGCUCCCGUGUUGCUCCGAAGACGAUGAUCGGCCAGCGAGGGCGGCCUCGCGGUCGCGCGAAUGCGCCGCGGGUGUCGAAGGUGUCGUCGAAGGAUCGCGGCACGUCCGCGCCGUCCCCGUCGUAACCUGAGAGAAUACAUGCGAAAGAACAGAGUCAUCGGCUUACCGUCCGGGUCGCUCUCCCGUCUUCUCCGCUUCCCGCAGGCACCGGGAAGGCCGCGAAUCGCCGAUUGGUCCUCCGAUGAGCGAGAGCUGCCUGCCACCUGCUCGUGAGACCUCGAGGAGACGUCCUGCGAAGGACCAGCGAGACGAGGAUGAAGUCCGAGAGGAACAACGGGUACCUGCGGGCCUCCACCGUCGUCACCGAACAGUCGACCGACUCGCCGGGACCGGGAUCGGUCGAGCAGGAUGCCGCGCCCAUCGCGAACCCUCUUCAGGUCACGUACGGUCCACGCGGCGGAACUACCACGUCUGUCCUCCAGCAUGCGGCCAAACCACAGAGGCCGAUCGGUGUGACACGCGCUACCUCGAUCACGCGAAGACGAAGAGGGACAGCAACUAGGCAACGUCUGCUUGGCGUGUUGGCCAUCACUCUGUUGGCUACUUGCGUCUUUAUACUACUGCUACUAGCAUUGAAUACUAGUCGAGACUGCGUUCAAGAGCCCCGUCCAAACGUUUGUUUGACGGAAGAAUGUGUAAAAACAGCGGCGAGUCUAUUAACAGCGAUGGAUCGCAGCGCGGCGCCGUGCGUCGAUUUUUUUCAAUACGCUUGCGGCACGUGGAAUCGAUUACACGUGAUACCGGAGGAUCGGAGUUCUAUCAGUACUUUCGAAGUAUUGGCCGAUCAACUGCAGGUGAUCCUGAAACGGCUGCUCGAGGAACCGCCGGAUGCAAACGACAAUAAUGCCACUCUCAAAGCAAAGAUGUUCUACAGGUCGUGUAUGGACAUUCCUCGCAUACGAGAGAUCGGGGACGCCCCUUUGAAGGAGAUCUUGGAGCGCCUCGGUAAUUGGCCGGUGGUGAUGGGAGAGGCAUGGAAACCGCCACCUUAUCCAUUGGAGGUUCUUCUGGGUCGUCUACGCGGCGAGUACAACGAGGGCGUGUUGAUGGAGCAGUGGGUCGGUCCGGAUGAUAAAAACUCCUCGGCCAACAUCCUCCAGUUAGACCAGAUGCAAUUGGCGUUGCCUAGCAGAGACUAUUAUCUGAAGAAGAGCAGUGAGGCUGAGCUAAAAGCUUAUCACAAUUAUAUGACGAACGUCGCCGUCCUGCUAGGAGCGAAUCCUCAUUCAGCAGCCGAAGAGUUUGAUCGAGUGAUCAUUUUAGAAAAACAGCUUGCUAAUGUUUCUUUACCAGAAGCGGACAGACACGAUACCUCGGCUAUUUACCGAAAACUAACAUUGCGGGAAUUGCAACGAGAAGUGCCGCAGUUGCAAUGGCUUGUUUACUUGCGAGAGUUUAUUAGCGCGCCGAUCGACGAAGAGGAACCGGUCGUGACGUACGCGCUACAAUACUUUGUGCAGAUGGGCCGCAUCAUCUCGAAGACGGAUCGCAGAACUUUACACAACUACAUCCUGUGGCGACUUGUCAUGUCGAUUAUGCCCCACAUGAUCGACGAGUAUCAACAAAAACGGAUUGAAUUUCGCAAGAUCCUGCUGGGAAUCCUCAGCGAAAGGAACAGGUGGUCACAGUGCGUCGAGUGGACCAACAAGAAACUCGGGAUGGCCGUUGGGGCUCUUUUUAUACGCGACAAUUUUAAUCACGAGAGCAAGGAGACUGCCCUGGAGAUGAUUCGGACGAUACGUGAGGCUUUCAAUGAAUUGUUGGCCGAAAAUCAUUGGAUGGACGACGAGACUCGGGCGGUAGCGAAAAAGAAAGCCGACUCGAUGAACGAGCGUAUCGGAUAUCCAGAAUUUUUGAAGGACCCAGUCGAGCUCUCAAUGGAAUACGUGAUGUUAAACAUAACGGAAAAUCACUUUUUGGAGAACAUUCUUGCCGUGCUAAAGUAUGACGCUUAUCAUAAUCUGCAAAAGCUGCGGAAGCCAGUCGACAAGAACAAGUGGUCGACUGAGCCAGCCGUAGUAAACGCUUUCUAUAAUCCAAAUAAGAAUGAUAUAGUAUUUCCCGCGGGGAUUCUGCAGCCGCUUUUCUACUCUCAGCACUUCCCCAAGUCCUUAAAUUACGGCGGCAUCGGAGUAGUGAUUGGUCACGAGAUCACCCACGGCUUUGACGAUAAGGGUCGUCAGUUUGACAAGGACGGCAAUAUGAUGCAAUGGUGGAACAAUGCCACUAUCAAAGCGUUUCGCGAAAGGGCGCAAUGCAUCGUGGAUCAAUAUUCUAGGUACAAGCUGCAGGAAGUAAAUCUGUACAUCAACGGUAGGAUGACUCAAGGAGAAAAUAUCGCCGACAACGGUGGUCUUAAGCAGGCCUUUACGGCUUACAAGAAAUGGGUUUCUAUUCAUGGCGAAGAACCGUUGCUGCCGGGGGUGAAUCUUACGCACGAUCAGCUGUUCUUUCUGAAUUACGCGCAGAUAUGGUGCGGCUCCAUGAGACCGGAAGACGCCCUCACGAAGAUCCGCAGCAGCGUGCACUCGCCUGGACCGGUUCGCGUUUUAGGCCCCCUGUCAAACAGCGAGGACUUUGCCAAGGCUUUUAACUGCCCUCUGGGCUCGCCAAUGAAUCCCAAAAAGAAAUGCAGCGUUUGGUAGCUCGCGCGUUCGGUGACAUAUGAAUACAUAUCACCCCAUGUGUAUAAUCAAAAUUACGCAAGGAGAAAAAGAGGAUCCUGGAAGUUAAAAGUUUCAAAUUGCUUCGCAAAUCUGAAAACGCUCGCAUCCUCCGACCGCACAUUUAGCGCUAAAAAAAUUCAAUUGUUGUUCUGUGUUUGAAUCCAACGAAUCCAAUUUAUACAUAGAAUGGGACUCGGAUAAAAAUACGUUGAUGUAAUUGUCUUCUAGCCUUUCCCUCAACGCUAAAUGUGGGCCAAAAGUCAUAUCAUGUACAAGAGCUAAUGAUCCAAAAGAUCCGUGGAUCCCUUUAUUAUCCUUGUAUAGCACAAUAUUGACGUUGCUUGUUUUUAUGUGAUAAGUGAAUCAAAAUAAAAAAAAUUGAUAGCUAA